UGAAUCCGAGAUAAUGAAAGGAAAGCCGAAAGCGCCAAGUCAGCCCUACGAUGAUCUUUACUGUGAACGGACGGCAUUGACGUCGUGGCAGGCAUUCGGGCGUUAAACAAGCCCUAUUGGGAACUGAUCUUCUAGAAUAUAAGGAAUCAUUGGCUCAGUUUGCUAUUGGUUAUGUAAAGGAAAUAUUUUGUUGUGCUGGGCCGUGUUUGGGAGUAUUAGGUGGUGAUGUUAUUGCAUAGUGGGAUUCCGCCGGUAGCGCUGGCGCUCUAUUAUACAGUACGGGACUCCCUAGCUGGAUGACGAUUAUCGUAUAGAUCAAGGGUCUGACAAAGAAACUGAAACUCAUGGAAAAGGAAGGAAGUCUGUCUCAGAAGCUAGAGAAUAUCUCGGAACCAGACAUUGCUCGGCCUUUCAUGGCGAAGACUCAAUCAAAGCCGAUUCCGGCGCAUAGAGCAGCCCAAGAGAUAAGCUCGACAGCCUUGAUACGUAAAAUGCCACUGCAUGACGAGAUCAAAUCCUCCCGAUCGUAUGAUGAAUCGCACUUCGUCCGAUUAUUGAAGCAAGCCCGAGGUAAUCGGCGCCACCAAGACGUUGAAGAAACAUCUUUCCGAUCCGACUUCUGGCGAGAAUGAAUCUGCGCCUCAACAGUUAACGAAAACGGCAAGUCACCCAGGCUCUUAGAUGAGACAGGAAGUGGAGACGAGUCGAGCUUCUAGUGUACAGCGCUUCCAGUGUCCAAUGAGAGUCCACACGUGCUAUCUUUGCCAAUAGCACUAACAACAUUCGGAGUACCAAGACACGGGGGAGAUGAGAUGAGAGGAAAUGAUACUACCUCCUCCGUAGAGACUUAGUUCGGACACUGCCACCGCAGCAGGAUGCCGAGCCAAUAUCGGGAUCCCCAGGCAGGAAGGACUCGGAAACUUGAUUCCAGAUAACAAAGAAUUGGUUUAUCUUUCUUCUUCAGUCAAUGUAGCCGAGACGGCAACGCUUUCGCUCUGCUUGAUUGGUGGUGGUGCUCUAGCGGCCCAGGUUAGACAGGGAUGGCGAUGACUAGUUAGGGUUACUAUACCGACUUCAUCUCCCCACGGAAUGGGUACAGGAGAGACUUGCAUCCGACGAACGGGCAUCCCGUGUACCCCGUAGGAUAUCUCCGUGAGACCACCCCAGUCUAGACUGACCGACAAGACCCCGGAGCCCCUCAAUAACUGCAAAGGACCAAGACUAAAAGAGAAAGGCACCUCCGAUAUCUAGUUCCUUUGGCGCAAACCCACAAUAUGUUGAAAAUCGCUCAUAAUCAGCGCACCCAACAAGACAUUCUGAGAGUUGUCAAUCUCCUCUUUGUCACUUCGUGCGACACUGGCCCUUCCGAUCCUCUCCGAGAAUCAGGAUCAAGCCUUGCAGUGCCUGCCAGACAAGCGUCUCCAAGACAUCACAACCCCCUCCAAGGCCGCUCUGCCAAGCGACGCCACGCAGUCUGCGGCGUGCGAGACGUACGAGACCAGCGGUCGAAGCAGGCCGACUUUCCUCUCCCCCGACUCGGAGGGUCUAAUAUGAUACCAGUGGUGCGAUUGGCUGCGGGGAUAGGGAUCGGCGUGUCUGGGGGAAUCCUGGGGUUGAAAUUUUCCUAGGAAUGGGGCGCCCCGUAUUCGGCCCAUGUCCGUAGAUCAGAAGGCCCGAGAGAUGUCCAUUCUUGCAUCAUGGGGGGAUGCUUGUCGGGAGGCAUGCGAGGGAGAGAACGCCCGUGUUCGGCCUCAUCUCAGCUUCCUUAAUUCCCACCCUUCGAACCACCAUGCUCGGGAAAAAUGACAUGUUCAUUUAAUCUGAGUGACUUGACUUCCUCGGCCCUAAUUGCAACAACUCGGGAACUGGCCGGUGGCGGACUUGACAUUUUUUUCUCCUUGUCCAACAGUCUGUUGCCAACUCUACGAGUCAGAAAGAAGGGGAGAAAAAAACCCCCCACCCUCCAGGAUCGAAUUGGCUGGUUAGCGCCGUCUGGGCAAAGCAUCUCCAGAGCCAGAGAUGCGACGUCAAACGGCAACCCAGA